AGACACCUGCGCAGAAAUAAACACUUAUUAACUAAUUUUCCGGUCUUAAGAUGCGUUAUAAUAAAAUUGCCGAACUGUCAAUAUAGUCUUUCCAGUUGCGUGGUUACAUUCUAACUAACCGCUGAAACUAACACUGCGACUAAAGACUCAUUAAUUAUGCACCGUCCAUGUGAAUUCGGACCCAUGCGGUUCCAUAUAUCCCAUGGAUAUAUUGUCUUAUAGCGAACAAACUUUUCAGCAAAGUAAAAAAUGUUACAAGCUACAGCCGCUUUGCCAUUAUCGUUAAAUUUUUUUGCAGAGCUCCAGCACGUUUCAUAUAGACACAGAAUUUCUACACAUACUUAUAACCGCAAUUUUCUAUAACUCUCCAAUUUAUGCGUACGUGAUCAUAAUGUGAACAUCAGUAAUAUCUGUAGUAAAAAGGAGACAAAAACACGAACAAACGAAGGCGGUGGAUAUUUUAGCCGACAGUAGUCAUCUGUACGAUCCCAUGAUAAUGAUUUAUUCACUCGCUUCUUUCGCCAUCGAAGCACGUCAAUAAUAUGGUAAUACAUACUUGUGAGCGCAUCAUGCUCGUUCGGAUUCUAAUAUUCACGAUAUUGCUGCGAACAUUGGCUAAACGAGACUUUUUUUCUUUUUCUUACAAGGCAUGCAUAAUAACAUGUUGCAGACAUAGAAAUGAAUUUUCUCUCAGAGAGAGACGCACUGUCCUUUAGACUUUCGACAUGAAACGUUCAAACGGAUACGAUGCAUAAAGUCGAACUCAAGUAGCAGCUUCUACUGACAGAUUUCGAAUGGGCGGUCAGUCUUAAUCGGUCCAUGUUAAGAGUCGUGGGUUUAUGGCCGCCAGACAACUGCGACACUCGUGAGGCAAUAAAAUCGAAAAUACGGCUACUAUACAACUUUAUGACAAUGUUUUUUAUACUUACAAUACCGAUUUUAAUAUCGCUGAUAAGGGUAUGGGGUGAUAUGACUUUAAUGAUAGAAAAUAUGCAAUUCAGUAUACCAUUUGUAAAUACAACAUUCAAAAUCAGCGUUAUUUGGUACAAACAAGCAGAUUUAUUACCCCUAAUUAACAUGAUUGAGAGAGACUGGAUGAAACCGAAGAUGAAAGAAGAGCGAGACGUUAUGCUGAGACACGCAAGGAUUAUACGUGCAAUCGCCAUGUGCGGAAUGUUUGGAGCAGUUUUUGCAAUAAUAGUUAUUUCCGGUUUUCCGUCUCUCGGUCUGCAACUCAGGCAGGUGACGAACUUAACCGAUUCCGGAAAACCAUUGCCCAUACCAUCGUACUACUUGCACGAUGUUUCCAAAAGUCCUCAGUACGAAUUGUCGUUCCUCGCGCAAGUAUUCGCAAUGAUCGCAUGUGGUUGUUUCUAUACUGCGAUCGAUCAUUUUCUCGGACUAUUGGUUUUGCACGUAUGCGGCCAACUGGAAAAUUUGUAUUUGCGACUGUCACGCAUGGAAAAGUAUUCGAACAUCAAUGCAGCUCUUGAGUAUAACGUGCAGGAUCACGUCCGCAUAAUCAGGUCCGUCGAAAUCAUAGACGUUACGUUCAAUUGGAUGCUACUUAUUCUGGUGCUUUACUUCGGCGUAUUAUUCUGCCUCCAAGCGUUUCUCAUAGUUAAAGUUAUUAAUGAAAAGGGCCAAAUAUCCUUGACACAAUUGAUUUGGUACGUCGCAGCUACCGUAUAUGUUUUAAUGCACAUGUGCAUUUAUUGCGCUGUCGGCGAAAUACUCGUGAUACAAUCUGAAAAAAUACAUCAAGCAGCGUACGAAUAUUCGUGGUACAACAAAGAACCAAAAGUAGCAAAAAACUUAAUGCUGAUCAUGCUGCGUGCCAAUAAACCACUUUAUAUCACAGCGGGGAAAACAUUUCCCAUGACGAUGUCAACCUUUUGCAACGUAAGUUAUUUACGAUACAAGGAAUGCAUUAUCAUGAUAUUUCAAACUUUUCAUUGUGCACUUACAAGGAUCAUCCGCGAAGUGUGUGUCUCCGAUUUUGACAAAACUUGACAUAUUUAUAGAGUAGCCAAUAAAAGACCCAUAUUCUUUUAUCGACAAAGGCUCAGAUUUAAGAGAUAAAACUGCUCCUCAAAAUGUCAUCCCCUUUAAGCUAUCUCAAUAAUCAUUACAGAUAAGAAACAACUUUUUAAACAAAAAUUAUUCGGUUUUUUAAUGCUGUACAAUUUCUGUUUAAAAAAUGUUUAAAUUAUGUCCUUUUUUAAUUGCCAUUAUUUAAAAUGAAUUUACAUAUUUAUU